AUGCAGCGCCAUGGGCUUCAGCGCCGAAGCGGCGGCCAAAGAGUCGGGAAUGGCAAUUUCAGGGCCUUUGACGGACUAGACGACCUUGAGGAGGAGGAAGAAGAGCCACUUGACGUGAUCGGAACCGUGCCAAAGGAUCGGGCGUUGAUACCUCGGCCAGUUGGCAGUGGCUUUCAGACUUUAGAAGAUCUCCACGGAAAAUACAGGGGUACCAAAGAGCUCCCCGAACUGGAUGAGGAGGAACUUGAAGAGCUGCACGUCCUGCUCAAAGACGAGAUUACAAGGUGCCCAUCCAUAUCUUCGGUGUCCUGGGCAGCGAAAGUGCUGGAGGAGCUGGAACUCGAAGAUGAUGAUGUGUUCGAAGUGAUUGCGGAAAGAGUGGUGGGCCAGGUGGACGAACUCAGCCCGCAGGAGACUCUCGAUGUCGUACUGAGCUUCGGCGCAAUUUACUACAAUGAUGACGAUUUCUUGGAGACGUUGGUGGGUGCGGUUCGAAGACAGAUGAAAUUCUUCACCAACGCCGAGGUGGUCAAACUUGCAAAUGCUAUGUCACGGCUAGGGGGGCUGGAUGACACAAAACACGUAGGCAUGUUCUUUGAGAUGCGGAAGCGUGUGAACAUGCCUCUGAUUGACAAGGCUAUCAGGGAAAGGCUCCGGGCCGAAGCAACCUAUCCAAAGCCGACUGAGGACAUGAAGCAGCUCAUUUCCAAAGUCAGGCUGCCGGAGAAGAGCAGAGUAAAGAAGCAGUUCAAAGCCAAGAUGGCAAAGCAACUGACUCUGAUGAAGUACACAGCGGAGGCUGAGGCUGCACGACAGGAGGAGAUCGACCCGGAAUUAGUCAACGAGGGUCCAUCAAUGCAGGACAUCUUGGAUGCCAACAACUGA